AUGGCAACUGGAAACCGUUCGGCUGGUAAGAAGGUGAAAGCCUUCUUCCUUGGCAAUGAGCCUACAUCAAAAGAAGAACGACGCCUUGUGCAAAAAAUCGACUUCUUCAUCUUGACAUAUUGUUGCCUAAGUUACUUCUUCAACUACCUGGACCGCGCUGCUUUUGCCAACGCUUAUGUUGCCGGCUUACGUGAGGCCUUGCAUAUGAAGGGCCAUGACUACAAUACAGUCUUGUCGGUGACUACUGCUGGCAUGGUGAUCGGCCAGAUCCCUCAUGGAAUCAUCAUUGGUCUUCAAAUAGUGCGGCCGCGAAUAUGGCUGCCGUCAAUGUGUUGCCUCUGGGCUUUCUUAACUAUGGCUAGUGCUGGUGUCAAAAACACCGCUCAGCUCUGCGUUAUCCGGUUCUUCCUCGGCGUGGUGGAGGCGAGCACCUACUCAGGAGCCAUCUACAUCAUGGGAUCAUGGUAUAAGCCCGAAGAAAUCUCUAAGCGCACCGCCAUCUUCACCGCAUCAGGUCAAGUGGGCACGAUGUUUGCUGGCGUCAUGAUGGCAGCCAUCUACAAGGGCCUUGGUGGCCUUGGCGGUCUAGGCGGUUGGCAGUGGGUCUUCAUCAUUGAUGGUAUCAUCACGCUUCCAAUUGCUAUUUUCGGCUUCUUCUACUUCCCCGAUAUUCCUGAAAACACCAGCGCCCGGUAUCUCAGUGAUUCCGAGAAGAGGAUUGCUGUUGGACGUUUGCCUCCGGUAAUUAAGGGGUCACACGGAGUCAACCCGUUCUCUCUGUUGAAAAAACUGGUACUCAUGCCAACAUUCUGGGUUUUGGUGCUGUGGUCACCCAUUUGCGCGACACUCGAGGCCUGGGUUGUGCAAGGCAACUUCAUCCUAUGGCUCAAGUACCACGCCAAAUCUUUCACCCAGAGCCAAAUCAACACCUAUCCUUUGGGUGUGCAGGCCGUCGGUAUCGUAACGAAUAUCAUGGCGGCAUGGCACAUGGAUGCGACUGGGACCCGCGUCCCCAUGGUCGUGCUGGUGUGUCUCAUCCAGAUUGUUUGCGCCGCAAUGCUUCUCGUUCCGAAUCUAUCCUACGCCGGCAACAUGUUUGCAUUCUACGCAUCAGGAUCCUCUUACAUGGUCAACCCAUUGAUUUUCGGCUGGGCCAGCAUCAUCCUGCAGCGUAGCGGCGAUGAGGCGGUGCGUAGCGUGACGGUCUACGCCAUGAAUAUUGGCGCCACAACGCUUUAUACAUUCUGGGGCAUCGUCUUCUAUUCGGCAGACGAAGCUCCAUAUUGGAAAAAGGGUGCGAUUGUCAUGAUUGCGUGCAGUGUACUUGUUCUGUGCUUCAUGGGGCUUGUCAUCAAUAUUGACAGGCAAUCUCUUGCAAAGUACGGCUCAAUGACGGUUCAAGAUUUUGAGCAGGCCGCUGCAGCUCGGGAGACUCAGACGCCGCCAGACGGGGAGAGAUCAGAUGAAAAUGAGGACCAGAAGAACACAGUUUUGGAGCAAGUGACGCCAAUCUAA